AUAGUAAUUCUCGGUGCCUUCGUGACAAGACUUGAGCGUAAUCACUUGAGCGGUGUCAUUCAAUACUGUUGAGUACGUUUCGUAUUAAAAUCUCUUAUUUUAAAACUAAAUUUAGUUUCACGUUGAAUAUAAAAAUUUUAGUGAUCAAGUCAUCAAAAUUUCUUUGAUUUUCAUUGAUAAAUACCAACGUAAAAGAACAAGUCCGAGCACCACUGAGCUUCAUUUUCUUUGUACGAAACAUCAAUUUUAAAGCUGCUACUAUUCUUUGGCUCUGAGGAUCUUGGACGAUCCACUAAAUCACUUAUAAAUAACACCAAAACAUCAUCGAAAUAUAAUUUCAAAGCCACCAGAGUGCGCACAAACAUCUCAACCUACAAUAUCUUCGCACGUUGCUUCUUGAUUGUCUUGAAAGUUGAACCACCAUCGAAUUUACGCAUCGCCUGGCUAGACUACACAACAGAUGAGGCAAUCAUAAUACCUAAAAAAAUCUACGACGAAGAUAAAACGGAAGAGCAGUUGGCUGACGCCAUUACCAUUAUACUAACAAAUAAACAAGAAAAAGUGCCGUCAUGCCGGCAGGUAACGGCACUUCGUAUACGUCAUUAGAUGAUUUAAGUGAAAAUGUUUAUAAAAGUACAACGAUAGUUGAUCAAACGCAUCAAACAAUCAGUCAAAGCGUUUUCGACAGCGUAAAAAAAGCCUUCAAUUUUGCAGCUCCUAAAAUGGAGUUGAGAAAAAAAGACUCACUUAUCAACGAUCAAAUAGAAAGCAUCUCUAUAGUAAAAAGGAACAAAAAAAAUAUGCCAACCGCAGCUACUGCUGAAGAGUCUGCGCUAUUAGGCACAAUGCCCUCUGACAGUAUGGAUGACAUUGAAUUGAAGAAUAUCCAACUUCAAUUCCCUAGCUUAAGAUACCUCACGAAGGAUGAUGGUUCAGUAAGAGAAGAAAGAGUUGAAACGGAUCGAGGGAGUAUUUUGGUUGCUGUUCAAGGAAAUCGUUCUAAACCUGCCAUUCUUACGUAUCAUGAUCUAGGCCUUAAUUAUAUUUCAAGUUUUCAAGCGUUCUUCAAUUACAUCGACAUGCGAGUGUUGCUGGAAAAUUUCUGUGUUUAUCAUGUGAAUGCACCAGGUCAGGAAGAAGGAGCACCAACAUUAUCCGAAGAUUAUGUCUAUCCUACUAUGGACGAGCUAGCAGAACAGUUGUUAUUUGUCUUGGGUCACUUUGGAUUGAAAUCGGUUAUUGGUUUUGGCGUCGGAGUUGGAGCAAACAUUUUGGCGAGAUUUGCUCUAGCCCAUCCUAAUAAAGUAAACGCCCUGUGCCUCAUAAAUUGUGUCUCAACACAAGCAGGAUGGAUCGAAUGGGGUUAUCAAAAAUUAAACGUUCGUCAUCUAAGAUCACAGGGAAUGACUCAAGGUGUAUUAGAUUAUUUAAUGUGGCAUCAUUUUGGACGGGGCACUGAAGAGAGAAAUCAUGACCUCGUUCAGGUUUAUACCAAUUAUUUCGAACGUAAAGUAAAUCCAAUCAACCUAGCCCUGUUUAUCGAUAGUUAUGUACGACGCACAGAUUUAAAUAUUACACGAGAAUUAGAUCCCACGCGCAAAAAGGAAGGCUCUACUCUCAGUGUACCUGUAAUUAAUAUUACUGGAGCUUUAAGUCCUCAUGUUGAUGAUACUGUAACGCUCAAUGGACGAUUAGAUCCAACUAACAGUUCAUGGAUGAAGAUUUCGGAUUGUGGUAUGGUUCUUGAAGAACAACCAGGAAAAGUUAGUGAAGCAUUUCGGUUGUUCCUUCAGGGUGAAGGCUAUGUGGUGAAAAGUUCGCGGAAGCCGCUGACGCCUACAGCAUCCGAAGGUAAUUGUAAUUAGGAAUUGAAGCAGCAAGGAACUGACCAAUGCCAAUGGCCAAUUUAGAGGCCAUAUCUAAUUGUUAAGUAAGUCGGAAUUCAAAAUAUUAUCGGGUUGUGGAAAGCUCUGAUUAAUCAUCGAAUGCUGGAAAAUUAUUUAAUAACGCAACCGGCUGAAUAGUUUAAAUUAUAAAAGCUAACUGAUUGUUAAUAUGGUAAUUUCUUAAUUAUUUAUUAAACUAAAAACGAAGAGGAUUAAAUAUUACACUAGAAAAUAAUAAAAAGAGUUGUUUUUAAUAAUCAAAAUAAUUUAUGAAGAAAAAAUUAUUUGAUUGAUAACUUACAGCUUGAAUUGAACUAAGAUCAAUAGCCUAUUCUGUACAAGUUUAACAAAUAUUUCUAGUCAACUGACCAACUACUACUUUACUCUGGUGUGUGGCCAACUAAACUCUACACUGGUACACUCAUCUUGGUUAAUAUAAUUGAUUUUUAAAUAAAUUUUACUUCCUGUUUCUUUAUUUGAGCAUUAAAAUGAAAAAAACUUUCAAGAACAAAGUUAUUUAAUUUUUUUAAUAUGUUUUCAAAUGUAUAGGCUCGGACUGAAGCAAAUAAUGUAUAAAAACAUAAUAAAUAACCUUUUAUGCUGAAUAAAACUAGUGUUUCCCUUUAUAAUGCGGCAUUCGACAGUGGUAGGAGAUUUUUAGUAAAAUUUUUCUAAUGUGACAUAAAGCUAUUCAUAUACAGCGUUAUUGCACCAUGUAGUUUAUAGACAGACUUUCAGUUCACAUAAUAGUUUAUUUUUACAAAUACUCAUAUUGAUGACAAAAUGUGUAUAUAAAUAUUGAUGCACAUAACAAAAGAAAACACUUACACAUCAAUUAUUAUUAUUAUCCUUUUACUUUGCAUGUUGGCUUGUCUUUGGUUUAUUCAUAAACUAAAUGUGUUAUUGAUGACCAUUUUGAGUUGUGAUAAUUGACAUGUAUUGUUUUCAUAACUCUAAUUAAUGAUGUGAAACUAUUGAUACAUUAUUAUUAUUGGAAUCAAUAUACCAAUUGAAUAGAUGGAAAUAAUG